AUGACGAAAAAUAUUCAUCUUGCUCAAGAGCUUAUGAGGCAAUAUAGUAGGAAGAGAGUUGUUCCGAGAUGCCUCCUUAAAAUUGAUAUUAGCAAAGCUUUUGACUCGGUUAGUUGGGACUUCCUCAAAAGUGUUCUUGAAGGGCUGAAUUUUCCUUUGAGAUUUGUUCAAUGGAUUAUGGAGUGUGUUACCACUCCGACAUAUUCGGUUGCUUUGAAUGGAAGUAUGUAUGGUUUCUUCAAAGGCGGGAAAGGCCUUCGGCAAGGUGAUCCACUUUCCCCUUUCUUGUUUGUGAUUUGUCUUGAAUAUUUUUCUAGGAUAAUCAAGGAUGCUACAAAUGAUAGUGAUUUUAAAUUAUCACCCAAAAUGUGGUCCCCUCAAGACUUGAUGCUUUUUGCAAGGGGUGAUGCGAUCAUCGGGUUUGAAGAUCAACACUACGAAUCCAGCAUCUACACAGCUGGAAUUUUUGGGUAUGAGCUUCAAACUAUUAUGGAAAUCUCAAAAUUUUCGAAAGGGACUAUGCCUUUUCGUUACUUGGGUAUUCCUCUUGCAUCGGAGAAGCUCAAAGUGAGUUCUUAUGCACCGUUUCUUGAAAAAAUAGCGGGUUAUAUUGGAGCUUGGAGUUGUGCAUCCUUAUCCUAUGCCGGCAAGUUGGAACUCAUUAGGGCCGUGCUUCAAGGCGUUGAAUGUUUUUGGCUUUCUAUAUUCCCCAUUUCGGCUACAAUUAUUUCAAGAAUUGUUAGCCUUUGUCGGAACUUCCUUUGGGGAUCAAAGAAGCCAUUGGUUGCAUGGAAGAAUCUAUGCCUUCCGAAAGCGGAAGGGGGCCUUGGAUUGAAAGACUUGAAGACUUGGAAUUUAGUGUUACUUGCUAAAUUCCUUUGGAACAUCCACAAGAAGAAGGACACCUUAUGGAUUAGAUGGGUUCAUCAUGCUUAUCUUAACGGCACUUGUAUUUGGGAGGUUCGUCCCAAAAAGGAUCACUCCCCACUUUUCAAGAAAUUACUUGAAAUCAGGGAUUUUAUUUCUGCUAAGGAAGCUGCCCAGCACACUGUGUUUUCGAGACAGCAACAUGAAACAGUGGCUCAUCAUUUUCAGAUUGAUCAGGGGGUUAACGGGAACACAUCGACUGAUGGUAGGGCAUUAAAUGGACGAUUUUUUGGGGCUGGGAGUGCUCUGCACGACCAGUAUUCUGGGCCUUCAUUCAACAGCAUUUCUGGCCGGCAGACAGCUUUGUUCGGUAGGCAGUUUUUUGAAUCUUCGACUCAAAAUUUGGGCUGUUCUAUGCAUGAUAAAUUCUCAACAAAAAUUGCCUAUGAUUACUUUAGGCAUAAAGGUACUUUGAAGCCGUGGGAAGGAGAAGUUUGGAAGCCGUGCAUCACUCCGAAGCAUUCUUUCUUGCUUUGGUUAGCAGCCCAAUCAAAGCUACUAACUAAAGACAAACUACUCUUCUUGGAUAUUGAUCGGAGGUGUGUUUUUUGUAGACUUUUUGAGGAAACUUGUGACCAUCUAUUCUUUAAGUGCUCCUUCACUUCCUCAUUAUGGGGGAGCAUUAGGAGUUGGCUUGGCAUCACAAGAUCUAUGUCUACACUUGCCAUUGCGCUUAAGUGGAUGAAAAAGGAGAAUCGUGGAACUUCGUGGUUGACCAAGACGAAGAGAGUUGCUCUUGCUAGCACAGUUUACUACAUAUGGCUUACGAGGAAUAGGAUGAUUUUUGAAGACCUCCCGGCCGACUUGGAUUCUAUUGCUAGAAGGAUCAAGACCCACGUAUACAAAGUCAUGUUUACUUUGUAUCCGGAUGUCUUGAUUCUUUAUGAAUCCUUGGCCAUGGAGCUCUAA